GGCAAGCCACUAGAAAGACUACAAAGACUGCAGGAGCACCACCAGCAGUGUGCCCAGCGAGAAGAGGUGGAGGCCACAGUGAAGAACCAAGUAGAAAAAACUCUACAUCUGAUCCAGUAUCUCACUGAAGGCAGCAUGUGACGUUGCGAUUGGGAAACAUAUAAAGGCUGAAGCAGAGUGGGGAGCUUCUUCCUCUAAGGGUCACACCAUCCAAGAACAAACUUAGAAGAGGACAGAUGGAAUAAAAGAUGUAAUGAAGCUCCAUAAAGUGUUUGAUGUCCACGGAGGAGGAGACAGAAGAGAAACUCUUGGAAGGAUCUAACUCAGCAAACAAGAAUCUCAUUGCUUUGUCUGCAAAAGUGGGAGCUGCACAAAAGUCACAAGUCAGUCAAAGUGAUGCCAAAGUCUUCAGGAGAAGUCUUUCAAGCAAGCUCAAGAUUUGGAUGGCUCCUCCAAAGGAAAGAAGGGUUUUUGCUCAAGAUUCAGAUGCACCAGAUAUUUUCAGUCAAAGGACAUCAACUGCUGGCCCCUCAGAUGAGCCCAAAAGGACAGGAAAAAGAACCCCAUCCAUGCCUUCCUGGACUGCUGCAAAGUUUAUCUUGUGGUUAGUGGUCAUGCAGACUUGCCCUCGAGCCGGACACUGGCCUAAGAACUGGAAUUGGUUCCAAGGUACAGAUAGUCAGUUUCUCAACCCAAAAGCAUUCCAUCUCAGGCCCUGGAGUUCAGCUGAAGAAGCAGCAGAAUGGGGAAACUGGGCCAGUACGUCACUCCUGGUAAAGAACUGUGCCUCAAGGCACUUCAAACAGAACCUUUUGGAAAGAUGUAAAGAACCAAGUCUACAUUUCCAUCACAACUCAAAAAAGGAAACCGUUGUAGUUCAUUUUCAUAUAUAAAAGCAGCUGGAUCUGUAAGUUGAGAAUGUUAUGAGCUCAGUUCUCUGAGAUUGCAACAAUGUCAUUAUGUCAGUACCAAGUGUAAGGUGAAGUUUUAAUGUCAGAAUGGCAGCUCAACAUAUAAUUAUAGAUGGAAUAUCUUAAUUCUUAGUAGCUGCAAGCAGAAGAAUGUUCUAAGAUCUACGUUACUUAAAUAAAGUAAUUCCAGUAUUAUCUCUCAUGUUAAGUCUUUUGUUGAGUCUUAUGACAUUUCUAUGACAUUAGUAAAUACUGGCAUGGAUUCCAAGCAAUAUACAGAAAAAUCUUAAAUGUAUUUACAACAA